AUGAGUCAGAUCAAGUCAAAACUGGUUCUGUGUUUUCUACGCAUAAGUCCUGGCUACGAUCAACAGCGCUUGUCGCUCAGUCACACUUCUUCGAGGGUAGCAGUUUGUCGCAAGAUGAAAUCGUGUUCAGUGCAAUUUUUUGGGUUUCCCCUUAUAGGCCUGAUAGUCCUAAGCUUGACUGUUGAUACCGCGUUUGCUCGUUUGCAGCCAGCAGAAAAUAUUUUCCCCACCGAUGUGAAUAAGGCAAUGUUACCAAACAUAAGACAAAGUUUAAAUGAUUGUCACCUCCGUUAUCACAAAUACGGUGACUACAACUUGGUUUAUCCCAUCUUCGGAGUUCCAGUUCGGAUAGGAGAAUUCGCGCACAUGGCGGCCAUCGGAUGGACUGAACAGAAUGGCAUUGUAGAUUUUAGUUGUGGAGGGUCACUUAUCACGGCAACCCACGUACUAACCGGUGCGCACUGUGGUAAUCGUGAUGGUGUUCCACCGGAUGUUGUUCGUCUGGGAGUAAUCAACAUCAAUGUCACUAUUGACGAUGCUAGUAAUAAAUUCGCACAGCAGUACAAGAUUGCUUCUUUCAAACGGCAUCCCGAGCAUAGAUUUUCGUCUUUUUACAACGAUAUUGCCAUCAUAACAUUAGAAAGAGCAGCCUCAAUAAACGAUGCAGUAACACCGGCUUGUCUCUGGAACAGUGAGAUUGUAGAAUUUCCCAGACUAGAAGCAGCUGGUUUCGGUCAAACUUCCUUCGCUGGAAGUAAAACUCCGAUAUUGCUAAAAGUUCAGUUAUCACCUAUAAAAAAUGAAGAAUGCCGAAAUCAUCACCAAUCUGACAACCGAAGGUUGCGCCAAGGAAUUAUCGACACACAAGUAUGUGCACAAGAUAAUAAAAUGGAUACCUGUCUCGGUGAUUCCGGUGGUCCUCUGCAAAUAAAGUUGAUGUCAAAUCACCGAUCAACACCAUAUGUGGUCGGAAUCACCUCGUUCGGGGCAUUUUGCGGUACAAGCACCCCAUCAGUCUAUACAAGAGUAUCCUCCUACAUACCCUGGAUCGAGACAGAAACUAAUACAUCCUUCACUCCAGGAAUAUGCACCGCUCGUUAUAUACGGCUGCGAGAAGCGGAUGAGUCUAUGGUAUCUUCCCGAGUAGGAGAUCACGUUUUCAUCGAACCGGAAAAAAGUUACAUGGAUAUUGAGUUCAUGCCCAAACAUCAAGUCUAUCUAGGCUAUAGCACAAAACCGAAUCAGAUCAUGUGGAACUGCGGAGGAGUCUUAAUCAACGAAGACUAUGUGCUAACGGUUGCACACUGUGACAAGUUUAUUUUGGAUCGUACACCAAGCCACGUUAAGGUUGGAGAUUUGGAAAUCAACAAAAAUGAUCCGAAAGCUCAGAUCAUCAAGAUCGAAAGCUUCAUCAAACAUCCAAACUACAAACCGGGGUUUCUGGAUAACGAUAUAGCACUGGUAAAACUGGCCACAGACGUAAAGAUUGGUCCGAAUGCCCUUCCAGCUUGCCUGGUGAGCGAUGAUUCAACUAUGCCCUUCUACGAAAUGGGCGGCUUAGGGCCAUACAAUUUGAACAAUUUUCUUCGUGAUGACGAUUCUGUUUCUCCAAAUACCAACAUAGUAUUAACACGAAUGCGAGUCGAUCCAGCAUCGUGCCAACGAACAAACAGCAACCAGUUUAUCUGUGCUAAAAACAACAAAUUCUUAGUCCCUCAAACAUGUCGAAUCGAACAUGGCGGAGCACUGGAACGUGAAAUCUGGCACUACGAUCGCUACUUCCAGUAUGUUUUUGGCCUAACCGUAGCCGGAGACGACUGUGGCUUUGGCAGUGAAGCAUACUUUGUCCGUACCUCAGCCCAUAGCAAAUGGAUUGAAUCGAUUGUGUUGGGCACGAAACGACGCCCGACUCGGCAGAUUGUAUUCCCCGCAGAUGAUCCCUAUUCUUCGGCAAUAAUUGGAAAAUCGUGCAGUACAGGCCAAAACGCACAAGGUGUGUGCCAACAUUACAAGUCCUGCCCGGGAUUAGUCACCUUGAUUUCAGUGAAAUUCUGUCGACCUGGCUCCGAGCCAAUUGUUUGCUGUGCACGUUCUGCAAACCAACCGUACAGUAUAAGAAAAUGUGUCACUCAUUGGAAGCAAUACAAACAGAAGGAUACGGAUGAAUACGAGGGCAUUCCCUCAGAAGGACGAUUUGUCAAAAGUGAGGAAUAUCCACACGCUGCGUUUAUUGGAAUUCGUCGAGAUGUGAUCAUCAACUGGAGCUGCACAGGAGUACUCAUAAGCGAUCGGUUUGUUUUAACCAGUGCUGGUUGCAUAAAAUCGCGAACGCAAAAUGUUAUCAGACUGGGAACUGUUGAGGUAUCAAACCAGUCCUUGGGCAGUGACAUCGCUAUUCAACAAAUUAUUAUACAUCCAAAUUACGAUACAGUUACGUUGAAAGCGGACCUGGGGCUUGUUAUGUUAGUUUCACAAGUUGAAUUCAACAGUAAAAUACUACCGGCUUGCUUGUGGCCGAACCAAGAAUUCAUCCCAUUGAAACUUUAUUCACUAGGCCUUGAGGGAGCUCGGCUUAGUGUACGACCCCGUCUCUCCAAAUACAACCAGGACUGCCGCAAAUUCUUCCAGGUGCGCAAUCUGGUAGAUAAUGACCAACUGUGUGCAGAAAAUUACUACACAACCGAUAAUUCCUGUCAGGAUCGUAGUGGUGAUCCAGUUGAAGGCCUCAUUUCCGUAGGGAACAUCAAAAUCUCGAUAGUCGUUGGAAUGGCAACGUACAAUUCCGGUUGUGUUGGAAAAGACACUGAGACAAUCACAGUGUAUACAAGGUUAUCGGCAUACAUGGACUGGAUUCGUGUAAUCGUCGAGUCCUAAGCUUUGUAUUUAAUUUUAAAGUAAAUACUAUUGGGAUCAAAUAAUGCAUAUAUUAAAA